AUGAAUUCUAAAGUCCUGAAAUUACUCACCGGUGUUGUUGUUGUUGUUGUUGUUGUUCAUGAUGAUGAUGAUGAUGAUGAUGAUGAUGAUGAUGAUGAUGAUGAUGAUGAUGAUGAUGAUGAUGAUGAUGAUGAUGAUGAUGAUGAUGAUGAUGAUGAUGAUGAUGAUGAUGAUGAUGAUGAUGAUGAUGAUGAUGAUGAUGAUGAUGAUGAUGAUGAUGAUGAUGAUGAUGAUGAUGAUGAUGAUGAUGAUGAUGAUGAUGAUGAUGAUGAUGAUGAUGAUGAUGAUGAUGAUGAUGAUGAUGAUGAUGAUGAUGAUGAUGAUGAUGAUGAUGAUGAUGAUGAUGAUGAUGAUGAUGAUGAUGAUGAUGAUGAUGAUGAUGAUGAUGAUGAUGAUGAUGAUGAUGAUGAUGAUGAUGAUGAUGAUGAUGAUGAUGAUGAUGAUGAUGAUGAUGAUGAUGAUGAUGAUGAUGAUGAUGAUGAUGAUGAUGAUGAUGAUGAUGAUGAUGAUGAUGAUGAUGAUGAUGAUGAUGAUGAUGAUGAUGAUGAUGAUGAUGAUGAUGAUGAUGAUGAUGAUGAUGAUGAUGAUGAUGAUGAUGAUGAUGAUGAUGAUGAUGAUGAUGAUGAUGAUGAUGAUGAUGAUGAUGAUGAUGAUGAUGAUGAUGAUGAUGAUGAUGAUGAUGAUGAUGAUGAUGAUGAUGAUGAUGAUGAUGAUGAUGAUGAUGAUGAUGAUGAUGAUGAUGAUGAUGAUGAUGAUGAUGAUGAUGAUGAUGAUGAUGAUGAUGAUGAUGAUGAUGAUGAUGAUGAUGAUGAUGAUGAUGAUCAUGAUGAUGAUGAUGAUGAUGAUGAUGAUGAUGAUGAUGAUGAUGAUGAUGAUGAUGAUGACUAUAAAAGAGACAAAUCCUUAAUAAACUAA